CGAAUCCAGUGACUAGGAACCCUAAAAGAGAGAGAGAGACGACGCAAAUUAUGACAAGGAGAAGGAGCAAUAUGAAACCGCAGCCGAUCAGGUUAGGACAGAAAUUUGGCAUGGCCGUUCUGCUAUUCGGUGCGGGAUAUGGCAUGGCUGCUUAUUUACAUGGAGAUUAUGUAGCUGAUCUAGACAAUCAGGUGAAACAGGCGCUUGCGGAAUGGAAUGAGUCACGCAGUUAAAGCAAGUUACUGUACAGAAUCAUGCCAUUGACAUGUUUUUUUGCUUAUGUUUGAGAUCUUCA